AUGAACGUCAAGAGCGAUACGUCGCUCUUCUACCUCUUGUCGAACAACCACGUGAAUGACAUGAUCAUGUUCGACUUCCGGCUUGAGGACGAGGAGGUUUUGAGCCACUUUGCCAGCUUCCUCAAGACCCUCUCCCUCCGCCUCAACCAGGACACGGUUCAGUUUUUCCUCCGGGGACCGCGGCGGAAAUCGCGAGCGCAACCCCAGCCCCCACCCGCAUCCGGAGAGGACGAGGAGGAAACCGCCGAUUGGACCACGAGGAGACGGGCCUCGUGGUUUGGGGGGGGGGGGGAGGGGGGGGGGAGGGAGACCCUUGCAGGGGGGGGAGGAAAAGAGGGGGGGAGGGAUCUGGAAAACGGGGCUUUUUCGGGGGGAGGGGGAGCCAGGGAUGGGGCACCGCAGAAAGGGGCGCCAAGAGAGGGCGCAGGAGGAGGAGGAGCGACGGGGGAAGAGAAGGGGCAAAAAAAAGGGGAGGGGGGGGAGGGGGGGGGGGGCGAAGAGGAGGAGGAGGGGUCGUCUUUCCCCCUCUACACUCGGGCGCUGGAGUACAUCUGCCACGGAGACUUCCACAUCCGGAUCGCCGCGCUGACGGUGGUCCUCAACAUCUACAACCAGCGGGACCCCCUGGUGCGGGCGUACCUCAACAGCCCGGCGGCUCGCUCGGCCUCCCUUCCCGACCGCCUCGUCGGGGCCUUGCGGUCGCAGUGCCUCGUCCUGGCGGACAGCGCCAUGGCCGCCGGGGUAGGCGGUGGCGGUAAGGGGGCCGGCGGAGGAGAAAGAGGUACAGAGGGAGCUCCCGCUGCUGCUGCUGCUGCUGUGGACCCAACGAUUUGUCGGGACUCGAUAGCCGGGCUCCAAGAUCAGGUGUUCUACCUCGAGGACGUGUUCGCGAGCGGACAGCGGGAGCUGAACGCUGAGCUGUGCGAGUCUCUGCUCGGCCGGCUGGUGCGGCCGAUGCUGCUGGGCGACUGGCUCAGCGGACGGUCCGGAGCAAUGUUCCCACAGGUGGCGUUAUGCGCCCUGGCGCAACUCUUCAUAGUAGUGACGCACCCCCCGCUUGUGCGCCUCCUGGUGCUGGAGACCCUAGGGAGCGAGGCUCUCGCCCAGAACCAAGUUGUGAGAACCGACCUCGGCCUGACGCAAGACGCCGCGGAAGAUUCCGCCCAAGACCACGAGGGACUACCCGGUGCAGCAGCAGCAGGGACAGGAGCGGCCGAUGGCCAACCAAACGGUGGCUGCGCCGAGGAAGAAAAGCAACAAACAGCAGCGGGGGAGGGAGAGGGAGGCGCGGCAUCAUCAGCAGCACGAGCGGCAGCACCAGCACCAGCAGUGGACCCGUCCGCGCGGCCCCUGGGCAUGGAAAUGCUGGACGCGGCCGUGGACGCUCUGUGCUGCAUGCUUGCACCCUCGACGGCUACCCAGGCCGUGGGGGGAGAGGGGGCGGGGGAAAGCGGUGAGGAGACGACAGGGGUGGUGGCUGUGGGUACGGCGGCUGGUACGAAGGAGGGGGCGCCGUCGUCGGCCCUAGGGAGCGGGGGGGGAGCAGGGGUCCACCCGGAGGGGGGGCGGAAAGAGGCGGCGGGGUCGGAACGGGGCCACGAGAGUACCGUCCCCGUCCCGCCAACGCCUUUUCUUCCGAGGCCCCGACGGCACCACCUCGUGCUCCGCCUCUGCGGCAAGGUGCUGGCGAGCCUCGCCCCCCCACCCCCCCCCGCUCCCCCUUCCAGCGGAGGCGCCGAUGGUGACCCAGCUACGGUCACCCCAUCGCCCCGAGGAGAAACGCCUCCGGUUCCAGAACCGGGAACUCCUUCCGCGUCCGGGGGCACCGAAGACGCGGCGGGGACCGCAGCGGGGAUGCCUGUAAAUAGCGCAGCCGAUGGGGAGGAGGGGGCCUCCGCGGUGGUGCGGCGGGAAGAGGGUGGGACGGGGGGUGGUGGUGGGCGGCGAGACGCGAUGCUGAAGAGGAUCGGGGAAGCGCACGCGGCGGCGGCGGCGGCGGUGCUGCGGGGGAUGGGGGCCGCGGAGGGUGCGGCCCCUCGUCGCUUUCGAAAAAGAAGGCUAGACGGGGCAAUCACAAACCUCCCCAAGAUGUCAAGCCUGAUCCUCCGCUGGAGCCUGGACAACUCGCCGCCGUCUCAGCGGGUACCCGCCCCACCGCCGCAGCCGCCGCCGUCCCCGCCCACCUCGCAAGGGUGCGCGGAGGCGGACGGCGGGAACGGCAGGGCGCGGCAGCGGGAGCUCCGCAGCUCUCUGCAGGCGUUCCUAGAGGUGCGGCAGGUGUUGCGUCUCCUCUCGGGGAGAGGGGAGGCGGACCCUUCCGUGCUGUCCAUUGCCGGCCUCGGUCCGCAGGCCGAAGAGCAUCCUUGGGAAGACGGCUCCCUAGACCUCGGGGGACGAGAAUGCCUGGCCUGCUCCAUCUCCGAGUCUUUGGAGGGCGGCAGUUCUGGCAGGGGCGGAGGCGGGGGCCGAAAACGCCGGUCGGGAGUGGCGGCGGCGAUAGCGGCGGCUUCUGCUGCGGCGUCGGGCCGGCGCGGGAGGUCGGAGAUGUACCUGGUCCUCGACGACAAGGCGUUUCUUCUGGCCACCCCGGAUAGGAAUCGACUCAUGAACGGGGAGAUCAAGUCGUCGGCCCCGCUGCUGCACCUGGCCGCGGCAGUGGACCCCGCCGACGACAAGCGCCUCCUCAUCAGGGCGCUCUCCCACAGCCCUGUAGCGCUCAUGCGGCCGGUCGCGGCACCGAGAGCCUCGACCCCAAGGUCCAGCACCGGCGGCGGCGGCGGCCCGGAUAGCAGUAGUAGCCAGGGGGCGACGACGGAAGGGGCCGUCAGCGGCGCUUCGGUGGAAGGUGGCGGAGGAGGGGACGCCGGGUCGAUGUGCGACAUGCAGGCCUGGGCGUGCGAGCUGACCUUCGAGAACGAGAGGAGCUGCCGCUUGGCGAGGAAGCACAUGGAGGGCAGGCGCUUGCGGUUGAGAUCGGAAAAGACGAAGUGCAUCACGGACCUGCUGGAGGCAUGUGUGCAAGGUCGAGGCUACUGAAGCCGCGGCCGUGCUCCCUUGUCGAUGCCGCCGGCUUGGUUGUUCACGAGUCGACAGAGGCGCUGGCCCUUCCUCGGUGUACAAUCGUGCGAUACGGAGUAGAGACGGGCUGGCGAACACGACUGACUACACCGUCGUGUGCCGGGUUUUGACGUACCUUUUUUUUUGUCGUGUAGCAUGCGUGCAUCAUGUACAGCAAGUUU